UUCCCUCGCUUUAUCGACAAUGGCCGAAAGAGGUGGAGAACGCGGCGCUGAGCGUGGCGGUGACCGUGGUGGGUUCGGACGUGGAUUCGGCGGUCGUGGCGGCGGAAGAGGCGGUCCAAGAGGCCGUGGACGACGUGCAGGCCGUCCCACAGAGGAAGAGAAAUGGACACCAGUCACCAAGCUCGGUCGUCUCGUGCGAGAUGGUAAAAUCAAGCAGCUAGAGCAGAUCUAUCUCCACUCUCUCCCUGUCAAGGAGUACCAGAUCAUAGAUCUCCUCGUUGGACCUUCGUUGAAAGACGAGGUUAUGAAGAUCAUGCCUGUCCAAAAACAGACUAGAGCUGGUCAGAGGACAAGGUUCAAGGCCUUUGUCGUUGUCGGAGAUGGUAAUGGACAUGUCGGGUUGGGAGUGAAGUGCUCGAAGGAGGUUGCGACUGCUAUCAGAGGUGGGAUUAUUCUUGCGAAGCUCUCUGUUGUUCCGGUGAGGAGAGGUUAUUGGGGUAACAAGAUUGGGAAGCCACAUACAGUUCCUUGUAAGGUUACUGGGAAGUGUGGUUCUGUUACAGUGAGGAUGGUUCCAGCUCCCAGAGGUGCUGGUAUCGUGGCGGCUAGGGUUCCUAAGAAGGUUCUUCAGUUUGCUGGUAUUGAUGAUGUCUUCACUUCCUCCAGAGGAUCUACCAAAACCCUCGGAAACUUUGUCAAGGCUACAUUUGAUUGUCUCCAGAAGACAUAUGGGUUCCUUACACCAGAGUUCUGGAAAGAGACGAGUUUCAAAAAAUCUCCGUACCAAGAGUACACUGAUUUCUUGACUACUAAGGCUGAUUCUGCUGCCAAGGUUAUUACCGAGGUUGAAGACCAAGCUUAAAGAUUGUACGGCCUUUAUGAAUUUUGAGUAUUAUCAGUUAAGACAUGGUUUUAUUAUAGGGUUUGGCUGUUGCAAAUGUUUUUCCCAUCUUAUCUGAUUUGGCUAAAGAUUUUGUACUAUGGUAGUUCUGUCAUAAUACUUUUACUGCAAGUCAGUUUUCAUGAAUAGCAUUUUCAGUCAUUUUGCUUUUUUA